CGCUCGUGUGGGAGGAGAGAACUCAAUCUACGAUUCUACACAUCGAAAGGACCCUGACCCUGACCCUGACCCUGACCCAUCUCUUUCUUUGUCACUCUUGUUUGGAAGCACCUUACAGAACAGUCAAAAAGGGUCUCUUUCACUCUCUCACUCUCGGAGUAAUUGCGGUAUCUUUGGCCUAAAUACUAUUCUCUCAUCGUUUCAGAGCCCACAAGAUUUUAUUUUCUUCCUCUUUUAUGCCCAUCGUUAUCAUCUGCUUCUUCAUUCUACUCUCUCUCUCUCUCUCUCUCUCUGAAGAAUCAGGCUUCUCUUCAUCAACUCGGGCGGGUUGGAUCAUGCACUAAUGUAAAUCCUCUGAUUUGUCUGUUCCUCAGUGGGAAGUGGUUGUAAGAUCGAUAUAUUGGGUACAAGGAAAGAACUAUCGGUACGGUCUUUAUACAUGGAAAACCCUAAAACCCCAGAAACCCUAGAAGCUCAAGACCCAGGUGAUAAAACCCUAGAAGAAGCUUCUGGGCCUGCUGGGUUGUCUGAUUUGAGCGAGUACUGUACUGGGUUAGAAUCCAUUCCGGAGCUUUCCGUUGAAGAAAAUGGCAAAGGGCUUGAUGUAAGUGAUACUAGUGUUGGGGUCGAUAAUGUGGAGGUGGUAAAUCGAGUGGUUGAAGUUGAAGAAAGAAAUGAUGGUAUUGAAGGUGAAAAUGUGGUUAUGGGUGUGGAAACAAUGGGCGGCAAUGAAGAGAGUUGCAUAAAUGGUGUUGGUAUUGAGAAGGCUUGUCCUGUCGAUGGUGGGCUUGAUAGGGGUAAUGAGGCACAAAAGGGUUCCAUGGACUCAAUACAGGAAGGGGGUUUGGUCGGUUUGGUGAACAAUGAGAGUGACGAUGUGGGAGUUGAGAAGAUUGUGCAACAAGAGGGAAUCAAAGAAGACAGUGGGUCGGGAUUAGAUGGGGUUAAUUCAGCUAGGAAGAAAGAAGUUUCCGGAGAUAGUAUAUCGCUUUUUGUGGAUAUUUGUGGUCCUCCAGCUGGACCUACUCAAGAUAACCUUGGUGAAGAAAAAUGUUGUGGAUCAAUGGCAAGUGAGGAGAAGUCAAAAGAAGCUGGGGAUGUGGAGGAGGAUAAGGCAAUUGAUAAUCCAGAAUAUAAUUUUUCUGUGGGUGAUGUGGUGUGGGUUAAAACCAAAAGUCAAACAUGGUGGCCGGGAAAGAUUCAUGAUCCUUUAGUUGUACCAGACCAUGCUGCUAAGAGUGAGCAGAGGAACUGUUUACUUAUUGGAUAUUUUGGGAGCGGCCAUGUUGGUUGGUGUAGCCUAUCUCAUUUGAGGCCUUUCCAAGAGAACUUUGAACGUAUGUUGGGGCAAAACAAGUCUAGAAGCUUCAUUGGAGCUGCCGAGAAGGCUGCACAUGAGUUUGGUAGGCGUAUAAAGCUGGAGAUGACUUGUUCUUGUGCUUUGAAACAAAGUCAGCAAUCGGCUGGUGAUGUUCAAUCCAAGGAAGGAGUUGCUGGACCCGAUCGCAAAUCUGGUGAACUUGGUGAAUUUUCAAUCACUCGGUUUGAACCUGCAGAGUUUCUUUUGCAACUCAAAAAUCUCGCAUUGGUUGUUUCCAUGCCUGGAAUGAUUGAGUUUGCUGUUGCACAAAAUCGUUUAUCAGCAUUCUACCGUUCCAUAGGGCAUUUCCAAUUGCCAAUGCAUGAACUCCAGGAAACAAGUGAUAUCGAAGACAGUGAUGAUGACAUGUUAAUGGUUAAAAGCGAAUCAGAGGUAUUAGGGAAUAAUUUUUUAUUGCAAGAGAAGAAUGAAGAUCUGACCGAGGGUUUGGACGGGGGAAUGGGUGCAGUUCUGGAGGACUGCAAAAGUAAGGCUGCUGAAAAAGAUACUGUCUCAAAUGACAAGACAUCAAAAUCCAUGGAGAGAAAGAGGGAGAAUGAUUCAGAAGUUAAAAAUGGAAGUGAGUCGAGAGAACGGAAGAAGAGCAGGUACUUAUCUUUCCCCUAUGUAAACUGGGGGCCUAAAUGCUUGCCAGCUGAAACAGAAGAAGAACCUAAGGCUCCAAAAGUUCCUGAAGGAGUGGAAACAAAUGUCAAUCCUGGCCAGUUUACUGGGUCCCCUGCAAUUGUUAAAUGUAGCAGCAAGAGGUUCUGGAGAAAAUGGUACAAUAAAUUCAUCAGUGGGAGCAAUAAAUAUGGUGAUCUAGAGUUCAUAAAUGCAUCUUCAGCUGAAUUUCUCUCCGAACUCCGUUUUACAGCUGUGGAUUGCCUAUAUCCAAAUGAGAACGAAAAUUUUGAUUCAAUUGAGUGGUUCUUUUCCAGAUUUAGAAUUUCAGUGUAUCGGGAUGAAUCUCUUUAUGAGAUGUACUGCAAGAAUAUGGCUGCUCUGAAUGAGAAUAUAGCUGCUGAACCCAGCUUGUUGGUAGACAACCCACAGGAGGUUAAGCACUCUUCCCCCACAGCUAAAACUGUUUUGAAGAAAAGAAAGGAAAAGGCAAUUUUGCAGCAUUCAGGGGCUGAACUUACUGCUAGCGUACCGAAUAUGGUUGGAAGCGAUGUCUCUAGUUUACGGCACGUUAAUGGACACCCUGAUACAGACACAGGAAAAGAUUCAAUAGAGAUUCAUCCUUCACCCAAUGGUGAACCUGAGGGGAAGAUCGGAAAGAAGAAAGGAAAAGCAAACUCAGGGCGAUCGAAGACAAAAUCACUUUCGGGCCUAUCAGAUGUGAAUAUAAACAUUGCUACAAGUAGUUCAUUUGAUUACUUGGGGACGGGCCACCUCAAUUCCAGCAGUAAACCUAAGAAAACAAAGCGAAAGAAAGGAGCAAGUGCAACGGGUCUGCAAACUAAACCAGCAACUGGCAUACCAGAUCUGAAUGGGAACUGUGCUAUUCCCAUAUCGUCGGUCGAAGAUCAACUGGUUACUGGUCAUGUUACUUCUGCAGGUAAACCUGAACCAAAAAAGAGAAAGAGUAAAGGAGCUGCUUCAGGUCCCUUGGAGAUUCAAGUGGCGUCUGGCUUACAACACCUGAAUAGGAACAUUGUUGAACCUGGUUCAUUGGUCAUAGAUCUGGGGAUAAUGAGACCGCAUUCUCUUGAUGGUAUUACUCGGAAAAACGAUAGGGAAGGGAAGGAAGAGGUGACUUCAGUAUGUCUGAAUUCUAAACUUUCUGGUGGCCCGCAGAGUUCUAUUGGAACUUAUGCUAAGCCUGAUUUGGUGGUUAAAGAUCCACAAGAUUUCAGCCCCCUCUCAGCUGAAGGUAAACCUAGGAAGAGAGAGAGAAAGAGGAAGGAUAAAGCAACAUCUGAGAAUAAACUCACUGUGGGCAUACCAGAUUUAAAUGGAAUAAGUUCUGAAUACAGCUCAUUGGGAAAGGAAUUUCAGGAGACUAAUGGGCUUUUAUCUCAAAUUAAAUCUGAGCGGAAGAAGAGGCGGAGAAAAGGAGAAGCUACUUCAGACCAUCUGAGAGGUAAAUUGACUGCUGGAAGACCAGAUAUUAAUAUAAAUCAAGAUAGCGUUGAGACUAAUGGCGAAGCUCAAGAGACUACUCUUCUGUUGACGUUUGCCCCAGGAGUUCCCAUGCCUUCAAAAGCAGAUUUGUUCGCAACAUUUAGCAGGUUUGGGCCCUUAAAGGAAUCAGAAACACAGUUGUUGAAAGAUUCUGGCAGUGCCCAAGUGGUUUUUAUGAAAGGUGCUGAUGCUGGGGAAGCUUUUCGGAGCUUAGAGAACAAUAACCCUUUCAGUGCAGCCCUUGUCAAUUACCAGCUCCAUCAUCUUUCAGCUGUCUCCAGGGUUUUGGAACCAGAUAGGACUUUACUCACAACUUCAGGCGCUCCACCGGCCGAAGCAUGUAUCACCCCUGGGAAGCCUUCUGGGUCAAUGCCUAACCCUGGUGAGGUGCCUGCACUCGACUUUAUAAGGCAAAAUCUCCAGAUGAUGACAUCAAUGCUGGAGAAGGCAGGUGAUAAUCUUUCUCCAGAGACAAGAGCCAAACUGGAGGGCGAAAUUAAAGGUCUCCUGAAGAAGGUGACCUCCGUGGCUGGUUCUUCCUCUUCUUGAUAGGAACUGUAAGAUUUGGAUACUCUAUUUUAGAUUGUUCAUUAAUGUAGUCCCAGAAUGUUGAUGUUAGGUCUGUGAACCUUUUUAAUUUAUUGCAA